ACGGAGAGCGAGCAGCCAGCGGAGCGGCCCCAGCCGGAGGAGGCGGCGGCUGCUUUGCGGCGAGGGAGCCAGCGACGAGAAGGCAGUAGCCUGCAGCAGCAGCGGCAACUGCGGCGUCGACGGCCCGACCCGUACUCGACGGGCGCACGCUCUCACACGCCAGUGCGUCGGCCCGAGCGGUGGCACAGCGAACAGGUUUGGCAAUAUGGCCGCCUAGGCCGCGCUUCGUCGUCGUCGGCUCUCUGGGAAAAAGAAAAACGCUGAUGCGAACCGUUUCGUGAAACUUCUUCGGCGAUGGUGAAGCCUUCGUGCCGUUGUCGCGUCGACGAGUGAUUUCCGCGUGGGUCGUUCACUGGCGGUGUAGUUCAUCGGUGUCUACCCCUGCGGAAGGGGAGUGUGUGUGCGUGUGUGUGGCCGUGAGACAAGCUCGCCCCGUGAGGGGAGUGUCCGGCGACCGCCGCCGCUGUUUGUGGGUGCAACGUGAACAACGACGACCAUGAAUUCGUACGAGAACACCUGCCUGCGCUGCGGCCAGACAGUCUACCAGGUGGACAAGGUGGGACCGCUGAAGGACUUCACCUUCUACCACCAGGGCUGCUUCAAGUGCCUCGUGUGCGGCACCAAGCUGACCCUGAAGACGUACUUCAACAACCAGCAGAGUCAGGAGGACAAGGAGGUGUACUGUCAGAACCACGUGCCCAAGACCGGACCGGGCCACCUGGACGGCAUGUCGGUGGGCAUCAAGGCGGCGCUGAGUGUGCCCAAGACCAACAACCUGGUCAACGACCAGAUACGAGGCUCCGGCAAGGGCACGUUCGACGCGGACGCGUUGGGCAUCAAGUCGGCCCUCACCAAGAACCACCAGCAACACCACGAGCAGGAGUACAAGCACGCCGUGAACAGGGCCGGCCGCUUCGACGCCAGCGCGCUGCACAUUACGCACGCGCUGAACGCCACCAAGGUGCACCGGGGAAAGGUCGCUUACGAGCGCAACAUGGACGAGUAUCUGGAUCCAGAAACGCAACGGACGUUAGAGAUGCGGCAUCGACUCGAGGAGGACGACCUCUAUCGGCAGUUUGCCAAAAAACGACAAGAAGAAGAGCACCACAUCACGCACCAAAUUCAGGAAGAGUGGGAGAAGGAACUGGAGCGACUCACGUACCGCUACCAGCAGGAGAUGCGUCGCAAGAAGCAGCGGCUCAUCAGCACCGAGGAAGAGCGGAUGCUCACCGUUCGCCACCAGAAGGAGAAAGAGGACCUCGAGAAGAACAUGACCAUCAAGCUGGACCGCAAGAAGGAGUCGCUCACGCGCAAGCUGCUCGAGCAGGAGCGAGCCGCCACCGCCGACCUCGUGGAGAAGCACAGCGAGGAGAUGCUCAACCUCAUCAACGAGAAGAGGGACGAGCUCAUACGGCGAGAAGGCGAGGAGUUCACGAACGACGACAUUAGCGCGUACCCGAGCCAUCCGCCCCCGCCGACGCCGGCGUCCAUCUCCAAGACGGACAUCUACACCGACCCCGAGGUGUUCUCGGAACUCGACCAGAUCGCGAUAAACGUGGCGCAAGCAGACCAGCAGACAUUCACGGACCUGGUACGACAGUUAAUAUGCAGCUGUGUGUCUGACGUUGAGAAGGCGAGGACAAUAUUCCGGUGGAUCACAGUCAAGAACCUGAACACGAUGCACUUCGACGAGAACGUGAUCGCGGACACGCCCAUGGGCAUUCUCAGAGGCAUCAAGCACGGAACCGAGAGCUAUCACGUGCUCUUCAAGAGGCUCUGCAGCUAUGCCGGCCUGCACUGCGUCGUCAUCAAGGGCUACUCCAAGAGCGCCGGCUAUCAGCCCGGCGUGCGGUUCGAGGACAACCGGUUCCGAAACUCCUGGAAUGCCGUGUACGUCGCCGGCGCCUGGCGAUUCGUGCAGUGCAACUGGGGCGCUCGCCACCUGGUCAACGCCAAGGAGGUGCCAAAGCCCGGUAGCAAGGGCAAGUCCGACUCGCUCCGCUACGAGUACGACGACCACUACUUCCUCACGGACGCCCGCGAGUUCAUCUACGAGUUCUUCCCGCUCCAGCCCGAGUGGCAACUGCUCAAGAGGCCCAUCUCGCUACGCGAGUUCGAGGAACUUCCGUUCGUGCGGUCGCUCUUCUUCCGGUACGGCCUGUACUUCCCGGACACCGACACCAAGGCCACUCUGUACACGGACAGCACGGGCGCCGCCACGGUCCGCAUCGGAAUGCCCGAGGACAUGUCGCACAGCCUCAUCUUCCACUACAACCUCAAGUUCUACGACAGCGACCGCGACUCGUUCGAUGGCGUCAGCCUGAAGCGGUUCGUCAUGCAGAGCAUGGUCGGCAACGUGGUUGCUUUUCGGGUGCACGCGCCCUGCUCGGGCGCCCUCCUGCUGGACGUGUUCGCCAACGCGGUCACGCCGCGCGAGUACCUCACGGGCGAGCCAAUGAAGUUCAAGAGCGUGUGCAAGUUCAAGAUCGUCUGCGAGGACCUGCAGACGGUCAUGGUACCGCUGCCGGACUGUGCGUCCGGAGAGUGGGGUCCCAUGAAGGCGACGCGUCUCUUCGGUCUCGUCCCGGAGUCUCACGAGGACGCCCUCAUCUUCUCGUCCCGGGAACUAGAAGUGCGGUUCCGCAUGACGCGACCCCUGACUGACUUCAUGGCGACGCUGCACAAGAACGGCGUCGAAGAGAAGAAACUGUCCAAGUUCGUCUCGCACACCGUCCACGACGACCUGGUCACCUUCUUCUUGGCCUUUCCGGACGACGGCCAGUACGGCAUGGACAUCUACACGAGGGAGAUGAACGGCGAGAUAGAGACCGGAGAGAAGCACUUGCUGACCCACUGCUGCAAGUACCUCAUCAACGUCUCCAAGUUAUCUUCGAAAUGAAGAACCUCUGCCCUGAGCCACCUGUACGGAGGCCGCCAUAGCCAACCUCAAGAUCAGUUCCGGCGCGCAGCUAUGCACGAAAGCUUUCAGAAAGCUUCCAUCGCUGUCGGUCACGUGAUCAGCUGUGAAAACGACCGCCUUUACCCCACCAGCUUUUGUGCGCCGAACGACGCUUCAAGGCGGCCGCUGCUAUCAGCGUCAGAAUGACUGGCGUUGACUGUCGAUGACUGUUUCUGAGCGCCCUAACCAUAUGCACGUCUGCGGUCUUUGUUUAUCACGUGAACGCGGCCGCGAGACGUGUGCCUUACGUCAGCAUGAUCUGCUAGCUUUUUUUUUUUUUUUUGCGCGUGCGCACGUGGUGUUCGAUGCUUCGGACUAAUCGCGUUUCUAACGUGAGAAACCAUUUCACAGUGCAUUCCAUUGGAGAGUGCGAAUGCUCCGUCGCCAUGUCCAUAACGUGAUUUACUUGUGUUUCCCUAAUGUGACGCGUUUGUUGUGAGCUUUCUUACAGAACUUUUUCAUCGUCUUACACUUCAGCGUGGAUGUGCUGUUAUUAUAGGCGACCACUUUUGCCAGUCGUGUUCCGCUGCUACUUAUUUAAAAUUUAACGCAGAGUGCCUUUUUGUAAAAAAAUCAUAUUAUACUACAGUUAGUUUACAUCAAGAUGCCUUUAUCCUGUUUACAUACAUUCUUCCGUCGUUUAGGCCGUUGCAAUUCUUACAUAAUUUCUUUUAGGACUUGUGCCUUAUGAUGUGAAAAAAAGAAUACGUCGAUUCUGCGUAGACCAAAACGUCCAACGUCCUGUCCACGAUGUGCCUUCACGACACUGGGUCCAUUUCAGUGACGCACCUCUGUCGUACUCCGCAGUUCUUGUUUCAUAUUUAUACGUUGUACUAACUCUGAUAUCUACAUUGUAAGUUAAUAAAGUUUAAUAUAUUUUUACAGCCA